GUUCGAACGGGCGCUUGACGGUGUUGCCAUGGGGACACGGCCAGGCCUUCCAAUCCAGUCGGUUUGUUGACACGCCGGCGGGUCACCUGGGGCUGUGCCCCGGUGCGUCUGAGCAGGAACAGUCAAAGGUUCGGAAGCCCGGGGGCAGCAGAUGGACCACAUGCCUUGACAUUCAGUUGAACAUCUAAAAUUAGGCAUGUUACAUUCAGUUGCUGAGGGGACAAAGUUUCAGUACUUCAUGGCAUUCAUCAUCUUCAGAAACAAUUAAAAAUUUAACAACUCGCAAUAAUGGCAUCAUGCUUAUAUGAAUGUCUUUGUGAAGCAGAACUUGGAAAAUACUACCCUCAUUUUGCUGCCUUUGGUCUUCAGAAAAUAGAUGAAUUAGCUAAAGUUACAAUGGAAGACUACUCUAAAUUAGGAAUACACAACAUGAAUGAUCGUAAACGCCUCUUCCAACUCAUUAAAAUCAUUCAAAUCAUGCAGGAAGAAGAUAAAGCCACUGAUAGCACCCCCCAAGAUUUCUUAACAAGUGACCUCUACAUCCAUCCUCAAGCACCUCCAAGCUCAGGACCUCGAAGGCAACUCUGUUUUGAUGCUUUUGCCAACAACAAAAAACAAACUGCUGGGGAUUUUGCAGUUGACACGUGUAAUCUGUCAGACUUUUAUUCAGCUGAUCACAAACCCAGUUUAGUAGAUAUGCUGGAGCAUAUCCUACCAGGUGAUACUCAGUACAAUAAAAAGCCAAGAACUCCCAGUGCCGCAUCUGCUGAUACAUGUGUGCAAACAGCAACAAACAGUACAGCAGUGUUCUCACCAAAUAACCUUUCUCCACUUUUGGGGGAUAUUGAAGUACCUACCAUACAAAGAGUCACUCACAUUUCUGGAUAUAAUUAUGGAAUCCCUCGUUCUUAUGUCAGAGAGAAUAUCUCAGAGAAAGAUGAUGUUUGGACUGAAACUGAGAAAAUCAGAGUGUGUGUACGGAAACGCCCCCUAGGCACAAAGGAAGAAAAACGGGGAGAAUUUAAUAUUAUUACUGUAGAAGAUAAAGAAACUUUACUGGUCUCUGAAAAGAAAGAGGCAGUUGACCUUUCCCAAUAUAUUCUACAGCAUGUUUUUUAUUUCGAUGAAGUCUUUGGUGAGACAUGUACCAAUCAAGAUGUAUAUAUGAAGACCACUCACCCACUUAUUCAGCAUAUUUUUAACGGAGGAAAUGCCACUUGCUUUGCAUAUGGACAGACAGGGGCUGGAAAGACUUACACCAUGAUAGGGACUCAUCAAAACCCAGGACUCUAUGCUCUUGCUGCUGAAGACAUCUUUAAGCAGAUAGACAUAGACGAGCCAAGGAAAGACCUCUCUGUGUGGAUUAGUUUUUAUGAGAUCUACUGUGGACAACUUUAUGAUCUACUAAAUGGAAGGAAAAGACUUUUUGCAAGAGAAGAUAGUAAACAUGUUGUACAGAUAGUAGGAUUACAGGAACUUCCAGUAGAUAAUGUGACUCUCCUUUUAGAGGUGAUUUUGAAGGGUGGCAAAGAACGCAGCACUGGUGCUACUGGAGUCAACUCAGAUUCCUCCCGUUCCCAUGCUAUAAUCCAAAUUCAGAUAAAAGAUUCAGCCAAGAGAACCUUUGGAAGGAUAUCUUUCAUUGACUUGGCUGGAAGUGAGAGAGCAGCUGAUGCCCGAGAUUCAGAUAAACAAACAAAAAUUGAAGGUGCAGAAAUAAACCAGAGCCUUCUAGCUCUAAAAGAAUGCAUCCGUGCAUUGGACCAGGAACAUGCUCAUACUCCCUUCAGACAAAGCAAAUUAACUCAGGUACUGAAGGAUUCAUUCAUUGGUAAUUCCAAGACCUGCAUGAUCGCCAAUGUAUCACCCAGCCACAUGGCUACAGAGCACACCUUGAAUACUUUACGUUAUGCUGACAGGGUGAAAGAACUCAAAAAAGGAAUUAAAUGCUAUACUCCAGUUACCAGUCGAAAUCGGCCAACUGGAAAUGUGACUCCAAAACGGAUUCAGUGUUCACCUUCAGGGCUGCUAGGAGACAAGUGCUCUCCCAAAAAAGUAAAGUUGGGAUUUCAGCAACCUCUCACAUCAGCCUUCAGCACUACACGAGGAAAGUGUUGUCCUUUAACCUUCCAUUCAACCAGUGUCCCUUUUUCUUCCACCCCCAAAGCAAUGGGCAAAAGCCAUGCUUCUAAAGGAAGUCCCAACUAUGCAUGGGUCAUCCCCACUACUCCCACUAAAGAAAAGACAGAAUCUCCUCCAAAGAAGAAGACAGAAGAUUGUACAUUGGGUUUUGAGAAAUUCUAUCCUAACAAGGACCUGGCUGGCAAUCUAACCACAGCUGCAGUGCUAGAAAAUAGGGGUACAGGCCUUGGAGGCACCUGUGUGCCAAGCCAGUUCAAAAAAGGAUCAGCAGUGCAGAAGCAAGUUGUGCCCCGAGGUGGUUUCUCUUUUGGGGAUCCCCAUCAUGGAGAGCCAUGCAGUCAUACCUGUGAGAAGGUGCUAAACACACCCUGCCCUGAAGCUUGGACUACCAUUCCUCCUCAUCAGAAAGACAGGGAAGCACAUUUGCGCUUUUAUCACCAGCAAUUUCAGCAGCCACCUCUUCUCCAACAGAAGUUAAUCAGUCAUCCACUGGAACAGUUUUUAUUCCAGUACAACCCCCAAGAAAUUAGACUUCAGCUAGAUACACCUCCUUAUUCACAAAACCAAGAUGCCACCCAACUGGAAGACUUUGAUGACAGUGAUUUCAGUGAAGAUUCUUUUUCACCUACUUUUAACCAAAAGACAGCCAAGAGAAGAAACACCCUGGAAUGUAUUGAACAUUCAUUCUUCCUUCAUCAGAGAAAAGAACAAGGAACUGAGGAGCAAAAAAUUGAAAGUGAGAAGAAUUUGUUUUUUAACUACAAGAUAAAUACUCAAGAGAAUGAUGUGAAUAAAAAUUGUGUUUAUACCAGGAAUCCAACCUGUCUAGACCCUGCAGAGCUGAAUAAAGGGCACCACUACAAUAAAUCCCUUAAUGAUAGGAGCCUAGAGGAUAACAUGACUUCCUCAGGCUCUUCUCCAAGACACAACUUGGCAGAACAGCCUUAUUGUUCACAGGUAGAUUUUAUCCAUAACAGGAGAAGGGAUAAUAACCUAGCAUUUGACCAUAAACAUUUCCUUUUCAAAAAUGAGCCUCGUGUGCAGGCUGAUGGUACCUCCUUAUUACCAGAAAAGGACACAUCCACUUUGUCGGCAUUAAACUUUGCAAUUCAAAGGGGUUCGGUCAUCUUACCACAGGAAGAAAGCAGGGAUAGCAACCAAACUCAACAGAUGAAACCAAUGAAGAGAAAUAACCUUAAUGCUAAAGGAGAUUUUUGUGAGAUAUCAGGGACUUCAGCAGAGUCCACUUCCUGGCCAGUGGCCCCUCUCACAAUAUCUCUUCUCGAGAGCACAGAUAAAGAAGCUGCUAAUGAACUCUUUCUUAACCAGAUGUCAAGAUCUCCUCAGAGAAAGAAACAGGUACUAAAUGUGAUUACAAUGAAUUCUGAAAAGUGUGACAAGGAAGUCAAAAUACCCAAUGCAACCAAAGAUCUCACAGCAGAAAAUGCCAGUACACUGGGUAUGGACAAACCAACAUUGGAUUCUGAUAGCAAGUCAACUCUGCUGUUGUCUCUUCAGUCAAAGGACCAGUGGUUUUUGUCAGGGUCCGCUGCUGCUGCUAUGCCUGAUAAUGAUCUCGCAAACAUCUCAGCCAUCCAUCAGGUCUCAGUUAAUAAUCUGUCAGUAAGUGAAGGCAAUGUAGAAGAGUCUUUAGAGGACAAAGUGGGAACGAUGGCCUUCAGAAACAUAAAAUGUCAAGACUAUAUCAACAGCAAGCAUUAUGAGGCAGAUACAGAAGAAACUGUGCUGACGUGGGAUUUGAGCUCCCCCCAAAAGACCCACCCUGAGGAGAGUCCAGGAGUCAGCCUUCAGCCAACCUCUCCCAUGGUUCCUGCAGAUGUGCCUGAAAAAGGGUUUUCAAGCAGCCCAACGGUUCUUACAAAUGCCAGAAAUGUUUGUUCCUCUAACCAACCCCUGGACAAAGAGAACAAACUCCAGAAAACUGAUAGCCCCUUCAAGUUGGCUUUUAGUAGUGAGGAAAUUGGACAGCUAAAACAUAGACUGAUCCAAAGCAUCUUUACAGAAUCAGGCUUUCUUGGGGAACAUGUUGCAAGCUCUCUGAGUGCUGAGCACUUGAAUUCUCCCACCAGCAGUCAAAGCAGCCCAUUUCAGCUUGUGAGAGAGAGGUACAAGGAAACCCUGAUACAAGCACAUAGUAGUCCAUUAUAUCAGCAUGCCAGCUUGUUCAGCCAUCACGCAAGCAAUGGGUUCAUCACAGGAAUUUGCAGUACAAGGCAGAUUGUCAUUCAAGCCCACCAGGAACAGCUAGACAAAAUGGCAGAACUGGGCUUCAAGGAGGAGAGUUUGAUCAAUCAAAUGUCAGGAGCUGAUUUUGAAGACUUUGUGACACAACUGGAUGAAAUCAUGGUCCUGAAAUCCGAGUGUAUCCAGAGCCUCCGAGACCAUCUGAAGCUAUACCUUGCAUGUUGCAGGCCUGAAGCUGUCCUAGAGAGAACAUCAUCCUCUUAGAUUGAAGUUUACUGUGGAGAAGUGGAGGGAGGAAUGGAGGGUGGAUGAGGAACACCCCAGCAUGUCUUGAUCAUGCCAAUGACUUAAUUUUGUUCUGAUUCCUUUAUGACUGGUACACAGUUAAGAAAGACAGGGUAGAACAUACCUGUGCAGAGGUGCCAGCUCAGUAGAGUAGCCCCCUGCGUCUCUGACAAAUCAGUCCUCAUGCCCAGUGCUCCUAGCCUUAACGUACGCUGUGCCCCAUGGCAGUGAAGCUUAAGCUAAUGUGGCUGCUUUUCUUGUUACUGAGUGAAGAGUCCCACCCAAGAUCAGGAAGAGACUAUAUGCAGGUAUUGUAGGUCUAUUGCAUAGGAGUGGACAGGACGGCCAGAAGAGUUGGACACAAAGCAUCUAGGGAAAGGAACACUGAGUAGGCCAUUCUUGGGAUGCAGUGCUGCUAGAAGCUGCUUGGUCAGCUGCACAAUUCUUUUAGAACAGAAUUUGACUAAUAAUUAGCAGAAGUUUAAGUAAUGGGCAGGAAUUGCCUAGAAUUUUUUUGAAAGAAGCAUGGACUCUGAAUGUCAGGGAGCAGAGAAGGGAUUUCCACCAUUAGCUAAUGGUUCCUUUCUUUACUACUUGGAGGUUUUGGGCAAAAUUGAAGAGUAAUAAGCUCAGGCCUAGAUUCCUCCCAAAUCCUAGGAAUUGGAGACCAAGAUUGUUUUGAGUUUUUAAGUUGACUUUAAAAAAAUUAGUGAGACUAAGUUAAAUUUGAUAUGCAUUCAAUUAAUAAAAGAGGUCUGAUUUCCACA